CUCUAAAAUAUUCACUCUCUUCUUUUCCCUAUUCUAUCCUCCUGCCGGCCCAAACCCUAGUCCAGGCACAGAGAGAGAGAGAGAGAGAGAGAGAGAGAGAGAGAUGGGUCGAGUGAUCAGAGCUCAGCGUAAGGGUGCUGGGUCGGUAUUCAAGUCCCACACCCACCACCGCAAGGGUCCGGCUCGGUUCCGCAGCCUGGACUUCGGUGAGCGCAACGGGUACCUGAAGGGCGUGAUCACCGAGAUCAUCCACGAUCCAGGUCGCGGCGCCCCUCUUGCACGUGUCACUUUCCGGCACCCAUUCCGUUUCAAGCACCAGAAGGAGCUAUUCAUCGCCGCCGAGGGCAUGUACACCGGCCAGUUCGUAUUUUGCGGCAAGAAGGCCAAUCUCAUGGUCGGCAAUGUCCUCCCCCUCAGAUCUAUCCCCGAAGGUGCUGUUGUCUGUAACGUUGAACACCAUGUCGGUGAUCGUGGUGUUUUGGCUAGAGCUUCUGGUGAUUACGCCAUCGUUAUCAGUCAUAACCCUGAUAAUGGUACCUCUAGGAUCAAACUCCCAUCAGGGGCCAAAAAGAUUGUGCCUAGUGGGUGUCGUGCCAUGAUUGGUCAGGUUGCUGGAGGAGGACGUACAGAGAAGCCCAUGCUCAAGGCUGGUAAUGCAUAUCACAAGUACCGAGUCAAAAGGAAUUCAUGGCCUAAGGUUCGUGGUGUAGCUAUGAACCCCGUGGAGCAUCCUCAUGGUGGUGGUAACCAUCAACAUAUUGGUCAUGCCAGUACAGUUCGGCGCGAUGCUCCACCUGGGCAAAAGGUUGGUCUUAUUGCUGCCAGGAGGACUGGUCGUCUUCGUGGACAAGCUGCUGCUACUGCUGCCAAGGCUGAUAAGAGUGCUUAAAGAAAUUUUAGGGAUGCUGGCUUUAUUAAUUUUGUUAAUUUUUUUUUGGCCCUAUAUUGUGUUUCAAUCAGAUUUUGGAUGUCCACUUGCAAACAUGGCUUGUUGGAAACAUUCUAAUUUUGUUUUGUUUUCAUGAUCCUUUAUUGAAUGGAUAUUUCUUUGUCAGAGCUGUUUUAA